UGGGGAGACAUAAAGACUUCCACGUUAUUUUUUUUAUCGGCUCUCAGUCGCCUAAAGACUGAAGUGCAGGUAAAGCGUGUUUAAAAGCAGAUUUAAUCUCGACCGUAGCCUCUGAAAUAAAGAUUAUGUUCCUGCCAGAGAUUCAGACGUAGCGGAGAAUAAAUCCGGAAAGAUCUACGUUUCUGUAUGUAGGAUCUGCCGUGUCUCGGGACCCAUGCAGACGCCUCCUCAGAUCUUCUCGGUCAGAGCCUGCUCUUGGGUCAGCAGAUUUUGUCACCUUCAAGCUGAUUCCUUGGCGGUACCUGAAAACAUGUCAGUCACCGUCCAUGAAAACCGCAAGUCAAGGACGAGCACCGGGUCCAUGAACAUCUCGCUGUUCCACAAGCCCUCGCAUCCCGACAGUGUCCUGACGCACCUUAACACCCUCCGCAAACAGUGCAUGUUUACAGACGUGACCUUAUGGGCUGGAGAUCGCGCCUUCCCUUGCCAUCGGGCCGUUUUGGCAGCUUGCAGUCGCUACUUCGAAGCCAUGUUCAGUGGAGGCCUCCGUGAGAGCCUGGACAGCGACGUCAACUUCCGCGAUAGCGUGCACCCAGAGGUUCUGGAGCUACUUCUGGACUUUGCUUACUCGUCACGGGUCAUCAUUAACGAGGAGAAUGCGGAAUCUCUUCUCGAAGCUGGAGAUAUGCUGCAGUUUCAUGACAUCCGUGAUGCCGCAGCAGAGUUCCUCGAAAAGAACCUUCACUCGUCUAAUUGCUUGGGUAUGAUGCUUCUAUCCGACGCUCAUCAGUGCAAGCGCCUGUAUGAACUCUCGUGGAAGAUGUGCCUGGUUCACUUUGAAGCCGUCAGGGACACUGAGGACUUUUACGGGUUAUCUAAAGACAAGCUUUUAGACCUUAUACUCAGCGAUGAGCUGGAGAUCGAGGAUGAGCAGAUUGUGUUCAAUGCGGUCAUGCGCUGGGUCAGGUACGAUUUAGACAGUCGCAGAGACUACCUUCCCGAGCUUCUUCGGGGGAUCCGUCUUGCACUUUUGCCUUCCGAGUGCCUGAUCGAGGCUGUGGCCUGCGAAGAACUGGUUAUGUUGGACAAGCGGAGUCGACAGAUUGUUGAGGAGGCCAUCCAGUGCAAGAAGAAGAUCCUGCAGAACGAUGGAGUCGUCACAAGUCCGUGUGCAAGGCCACGCAAAGCUGGUCACACGUUGCUUAUUCUUGGAGGCCAGACCUUCAUGUGCGAUAAAAUCUACCAAGUGGAUCAUAAAGCAAAAGAAAUCAUACCUAAGGCGGACUUGCCCAGUCCGAGAAAGGAAUUUAGUGCAUGCGCCAUUGGAUGCAAGGUCUACGUGACCGGAGGAAGAGGCUCGGAAAACGGCGUGUCAAAAGAUGUUUGGAUAUAUGAUACGGUCCAUGAGGAAUGGUCUAAAGGUGCGCCCAUGUUAAUUGCACGUUUCGGGCAUGGAUCAGCAGAACUGGAAAACAGCCUUUAUGUAGUCGGAGGACACACUGCUAUAGCUGGCGUCUUUCCUGCUUCUCCUUCUGUAUCACUGAAACAAGUAGAACGUUACGACCCGCUGACCAACAAAUGGACCAUGAUGGCGCCGCUCAGAGAUGGUGUCAGUAAUGCUGCGGUGGUCAGUGCUAAACUAAAGCUGUUUGUUUUCGGGGGGACUACAAUCCACAGGGACAAAGCUUCCAAAGUCCAGUGCUAUGAUCCUCUGGAGAACCGAUGGACCAUAGCAGCAGAAUGUCCUCAACCUUGGCGUUAUACUGCAGCCGCUGUGUUGGGAAGCCAGAUUUUCAUCAUGGGUGGUGAUACGGAGUUUACUGCUGCUUCUGCUUACCGAUUCGACUGUGAAACCAACCAGUGGAUGCGUGUAGGAGACAUGACCUCUAAAAGGAUGAGCUGCCAUGCUGUAGCCUCUGGGAACAAACUCUAUGUCGUCGGAGGCUACUUCGGGACACAGCGCUGUAAGACACUGGACUGCUACGACCCAACAUCGGACAGCUGGAACAGCAUCACUACGGUGCCUUAUUCGCUGAUUCCUACUGCUUUUGUUAGCACCUGGAAGCAUCUACCUGCCUAGCUGAGGCAAAAUUAUGAGGAUGGACUUGAACAGGUGUCCACGGUUCUGGGCAACGUUGCUCUGUGUGUGUGUGUGUGUGUGUGGACAGCCCUGUCUGAGCUUCUUCUAAUCAGAUGGACAAGAUACUAAGAUGACGAUUGUUUAUUUCGGACCGAUCGAGCACAGAGUGGACCUCGUGUGUCGGCUAACAGAAGGCAUGAACACACCUUGACCUCUCACACUGAUGUGUUGGGAAACAGCGAGCAAAGUUUUCUGGAAACUGCGUAAUCCGUCACAUCUGACUUGAAAUGCACAUGUUUUGGUGAUUUGGGACACAGCUGUACUACUGUGUUUUAAAAAUAACUGUGAAGCAAACGUGAAACCUAUGGACUUUUGUUGAAACUCAACAGCACAACGUUCUCAUGGACUUUUGGUUACUGGUUCAUUUGUGUCCAGGGGAGAGAAGAAAAAAAAAAAAAGGACGAAGACUUUGCACAGAUUACGAGUUGAUGAGGGUUGUUUAACUUUAAAUCCAACUUUAUUUCUCUGAAGAUGUGUGAAGAUUAAAGCGUGUGCUGACAAUCGGCUGGGCGAUAUAUCGCGAUAUUGAACACUCUGGAAUUUUCUCUAAAAAUAAUCUCAUGCACUACUCUUUCUCCAGUAAAAACAUGUCUCGCGAACACUAACACAUCACCUCUUCUUAUAAACUGACGUUAUAUUAAGCUCCGCCUCUUCUCUGUUUCCAUUGAUUGAUUUCCUCUGAAGAAUCACUGACUACAAGAAGAAGAUAUCGAGCCUCUCUGCUCUGUAGCAGCACAGCUUGUAAAAUAUAGAAUAUUUGUAAUUUAAUAAAAUAACACUAAAUCUCCCUUAACAAGACACUACAAAUGUACACUACACUCCUCAAGAUUUAAAUCUGGCCCGAUCACGGGUAAAAUCAGUGUCCUGCACAUUAGUGUGAUGAUGCAGCAGUGAAAUCCGGUGCCGUGACCCGAACAAAUGAACACUAAGAGCCAAACACACGAACACCAAGAGCCGAACACACGAACACCAAGAGCCGAACACACGAACACCAAGAGCCGAACACACGAACACCAAGAGCCGAACACACGAACACCAAGAGCCGAACACACGAACACCAAGAGCCGAACACACGAACACCAAGAGCCGAACACACGAACACCAAGAGCCAGUGUAAAGCAUGUCGGCGUUUCCUGGGUCUAUUCCAUUGUGAUGUAUCGCGUUAACGAUUAUCGGCACACGCCUUCUGAAGAAUGAAGAAUUUUUUUCAUGCUUAAAGGAUUUUUAUAGGAUGUGAAUUUUAGACUGAGGAACUGUUUUAUUUUAAAGUUUAAUAAGCGACUUUUCCAUUGGAAAGGCACAUUUUUGGGACUGUUUUAUUAGAUUGAACUCCUGCUCUGUGUUUUUUUGCCAUUAAUCUGAAAUAAAUAACUUCCUGAUGCUUGA